GGGAGGAAACAUGCUGGAGAGUUGGCUGCGCUCCCUCCAUCCUCAGGAAUGUGUCUUCAGGAGUAGCCGAGCGGUGUGGGACCCAUGGGCUGAGUGACAUCUACCUCCAGUGAGACGAGCAGCAGGAUGCCCAGUGCGCCAGCGAAUGCCCAGCCUCACCACAUCACACGCGUCACCUGCGCCCUCACCUGCUCCUGGCUGCUCCUCGUCGUCCAUGCCAGCCCCGCCCAGAAACCCGCCAAGCUGCCUCUGAUUGGCCGAAAGCCCUUCAUCGCCGCCUGGAACGCGCCGCUCGACAUGUGCACCAGCAAGUACAACGUCAGCGCCAACCUCAACCUCUUCCACAUCAACGGCAGCCCCCGCGCGGUCAUGACGGGCCAGAACGUCACCAUCUUCUACGCCAACCGGCUGGGACACUACCCGCACUACACGGAGCAGGGCACGCCCAUCAACGGCGGCCUGCCGCAGAACUGCAGCCUGGAUUCCCACCUGCGCAAGGCCCACCGGGACAUCUGCCACUACAUCCCCUCCGAGGACUUCCAGGGCCUGGCCGUCAUCGACUGGGAGUACUGGCGCCCGCAGUGGAACCGCAACUGGCACAAGAAGGACAUCUACAGGCGGAAGUCGCGGGAGCUGAUCUCCCGGGCGUACAUCAAUGUCACGGAGGAGCAGAUCGAGGAGCUGGCCCGCGGCCGGUUCGAGAAGAGCGCCAUGGCGUUCAUGCAGAGGACGCUGCAGCUGGGGACCCGCACCCGCCCCAACGGCCUCUGGGGAUACUACCUCUACCCGGACUGCCACAACUACAACCUGCACCAGCACAACUACACAGGCUCCUGCCCCCUGCUGGAGAGCCUGCGUAACGACGAGCUGCUCUGGCUGUGGAACAGCAGCACGGCGCUCUUCCCCUCCGUCGCCAUCAAGAAGUCCCACGCGGACAGCGUCAGCAACCUGCACUUCUCCCAGUACAGGGUGAUGGAGUCCCUGCGGAUCGCCUCGCUCACCUCCCUCGACUACCAGCUUCCCAUCUUUGUCUACACGCGGCUGAGCUACAGGGAUGACGCUAUGGCCUUCCUCACCACGAAGGAUCUGAUCCACACUAUUGGGGAGAGCGCUGCAUUAGGUGCUGCGGGAUUUGUGAUCUGGGGAGAUCUGAACCUCACCUCCUCCAGACACAACUGCUCGCGGGUGAAGUCGUUCCUGGCGCACCGCCUCGGCCAGUACAUCACCAACGUGACGCGCGCCGCCGAGGUGUGCAGCGACUUCCUGUGCCGGAGCAACGGCCGCUGCGUGCGGCGGGACCCGCGGGCGCCGCACUACCUGCACCUGAGCGGCGACAGCUACCGGGUGGAGCCCUCCGGGGACGGCCAGUUCUCCGUCACGGGCUGGCACUCACGGCGGGAGCUGCAGCUGCUCGCCGAGCGCUUCCGCUGCCACUGCUACCAGGGCUACGGCGGCGAGCGCUGCGACGCCCUCGGCGCCCCGGGGGACGCCGGGAGCUCCGCCGUCAGAACCGGGAGCGCCACUGCCGUCGUUCUGGUGCUCCUUAUCUUGAACUUCGUCGUCUGACGACUGUCUCUGAAAACACAGAGAGUAUGGGCGUGCUCAUAUUCACCAAAGAACGGUUAUAGGCUCUCAAUAAGCUUGUGUUGCAAUAAGCUUACUAUUAUUGAUUCAGUUUUUUUUUGAUAUAUUGCAAAGAGUUUAUUUUUAUAUGAUACAAAUAUGAGCCAGCCAUAAUGGAGUGAUGCUGCAAAUGUAUGUCUUUCAAUUUUUUUGUUCAGAAGUGUGCAACCACUCACUAAACAUCACCUACAAUGCAUAAAUGACAACAAGAGCAAUACACUUGUGAGGAGUAGCUGCUGUUUUUGCCACAGAAUGGCUAAUGCGUUUGAGGUGAGCUACUCUGCAGUGCAGGAAAUUGAGGUGGGUGGACACAUGGGACCAGUGGGUAAAACAAUCUAAAUGGAUGAAAAUCAACUAAUGCAUUCCGGUAAGCUUUUCUGCAAAGAGUAAUGGGUUGUUCCACGUACUCCCAAACCGUCCUAGUGUUUCUUUACUGACAUUUCUUAUAAAACUACCUGUUAAAAAGAAUAUUUUGUUUGGUUCAUUAAGAGGAAAGGAAACUGCAGAAAUUGUAGAUAUGAAAACCACCCAUGCCAGCAUUUUGGUUAGGACUCCUGGAAUGAGGAAAUGAGGAGGACAGGAAGGAGAACUAAACAGCAUCAGAAAACAAUGUAAGCAUUAUAACUUGUUUUAACCCUUGCAAAUGAAUUAUCUUUGAGUGACUAUGCGCUGUGUGAAAACAGGGUAUUAUUGGACAGACCUUGUUUUCUUGAACAAGAAUGUAAACCCACACACGAGGGCACUGUGUUGCUUGAAUGUAGAACCGUUGCAGCGAAAAGGUUAAUGUCAAUAACCAUUCUAUAUUAAUCAUAUUAUUAAGCCAUUGUAUGCACUUGGAAAUAUUUUGAAGCGUUUUCUUUUGAUAUCCUUGAAUACAUAGUGUAUCUGCUCAGUGAUGGUUAAUGGAUUUUGUUAGUAGUUUGUUCCUGCUGUUGCCAUAGAUUGUCAUAGGACCUGGGAAAACCAAAGGAAAAGU